UUGCACAAUUCGUCAGCAAAGGUUAUGCAGUGCCUGAAUAGGAUCAUGGCAGAAUCACUGGGCCUCGUCACCAUCUGCCUUUUAGGAUAUCUACUCAGUGCCGAAUGUACAGUUUUUCUUGAUCGCAAAAAUGCCACCAAAAUUCUGAAUCGGCCAAAGAGGUAUAAUUCAGGUAAACUGGAAGAGUUUGUUCAAGGUAACCUUGAGAGAGAAUGUAUGGAAGAAAAGUGUAGUUUUGAAGAAGCUCGAGAAGUUUUUGAAAACACUGAAAAAACCACUGAAUUUUGGAAGCAAUAUGUUGAUGGAGAUCAAUGUGAGUCCAAUCCCUGUUUAAAUGGUGGCAUAUGCAAAGAUGAUAUUAAUUCCUAUGAAUGUUGGUGUCAAGCUGGAUUUGAAGGAAAGAACUGUGAAUUAGAUGUAACAUGCAACAUUAAGAAUGGCAGAUGCAAGCAGUUUUGUAAAUUGGGCGCUGGUAACAAGGUGGUUUGCUCUUGUACCACAGGGUACCAACUUGCGGAAGACCAAAGGUCCUGUGAACCAGCAGUGCCAUUUCCAUGUGGAAGAGUUUCUGUCCCACACGUUUCUACGACACGCACCCGUGCUGAAACUUUUUUUUCCAAUAUGGACUAUGAAAAUUCCACUGAAGCGGAAAAAAAUUUCGAGAACCUCACCCAACCUCUCAACGAUCUUACUCGAAUUGUUGGUGGAAAAGAUGCCAAACCAGGUCAAUUCCCUUGGCAGGUCCUUUUGAAUGGGAAAGUUGAUGCAUUCUGUGGAGGUUCCAUCAUCAAUGAAAAAUGGGUGGUAACUGCAGCCCACUGCAUUGAGCCUGAUGAUAAAAUUACCGUGGUUGCAGGUGAACAUAACACCGAGGUGAGGGAACCUACAGAGCAAAAGCGAAAUGUGAUUCGCACUAUUCUUCACCACAGCUACAAUGCAACUGUUAAUAAGUACAACCAUGACAUUGCCCUUCUGGAACUGGAUGAACCCUUAACGCUAAAUAGCUAUGUAACACCUAUUUGCGUUGCUGACAGGGAAUACACGAACAUCUUCCUCAAAUUUGGAUCUGGCUACGUGAGUGGCUGGGGGAGAGUCUUCAACAGAGGGAGAUCAGCUUCAACUCUUCAGUACCUUAAAGUUCCACUUGUUGACCGAGCCACAUGCCUUCGCUCCACAAAGUUCACCAUCUAUAAUAACAUGUUCUGUGCUGGCUUCCAUGAGGGAGGUAAAGAUUCAUGCCAGGGAGAUAGUGGGGGACCCCAUAUUACCGAAGUGGAAGGCAUCAGUUUCUUAACUGGAAUCAUUAGCUGGGGUGAAGAGUGUGCAAUGAAAGGAAAAUACGGAAUAUAUACCAAGGUGUCCCGGUAUGUCAACUGGAUCAAAGAAAAGACAAAGCUCACUUAAAGAAAAAAAAAUGUAUUUCCAAGGUUGACAUAUUUGGGGUCGAGAUGGACAAGGGCCUUUACUGACUAAUCACUUUCCUAUCUCUUUAGAUUUGACUGUCUGCAUUCCAUGAAUACUGCUUUUUCUCUUUAUGGGGAGAAAUCUAUCUAGAAUUCCUAUUUUACUAGAGUAAGUAGAUUAGCAAAUGUAAUCACUAGAGGAAUGUACUGUGAUAGGAAAUUGUGACCAUUCCCACAGGUCCAGCCCUUGACAAAACUGUGAAGUUAAGUUCUUCAUCCUGCCCAUCGGGCAUUAAGUUUCUCCACUGGGGCAACUCUCUGAUUCUCCCUCCUUAGCAGCAUUCCAUGUUCCAGAUCUUUCUUACCUCUCCGACCAAAAUCAUCAAAACGUAUUAGAUCUAUAUCUGGGAUAUUUGGUCUAGUUCACGACAAGGCGAGCACCACACUCAUAAAGGACGAACACAGGGGGAGCCGACAGGUGGAAACUCACCAGAAAACACUACUUCCUUUUCUGUACCCUUAUUCCUGCUUCCUCGAUCUCUUCCGUUUCCUAAUCCCGAAAUCAGUUUCUCUCUCCCUCCCUCUCUCCUCUUUUCCCUACAAGGGAUUAAAGGAGGGAAGGGGCACAUCAUGCUGUUUUCCUGUCCACAGUUGUACAUGUCUGUCAAACCCAGACUUGCUUUCAGUUUGGUCUUUGACUUGCUUUUCAGAGCAUAGGGAUGAAGUAAGGUGCCCGAAGAACUUGGGAGGAAAAGUUCCUCUGAGAGAGUCAUGUUAUUAAAAUACAUACAUCACGGAAGGAAUGACCCAUCAGAAUAGUUCCCUAAGAGCUUGUCAUUGCGUUGUGAUGGAGGUAACUUCUAAGAAGGGUGACGUCACCUCACGUGUCUCGUCCUCCAUCUGAAAAAAUGUUAACAGAAAGAGAAGAACAGUCAGUUUGCAAUCUAGAACUAGUAGAGUCUUCAAGGAAGAAUUCCACAGUGUGUCUCCAGUACCGCCCAGGGCUAAGGAAGAAGUUGCCCUAGACCAGAGAACAUGAGCAUCAUGUCUCCUAAACGAGCAUAUCUGCACCGUGGAGAAGGGUGCACCUGGUGGCUCACUCCCCCUUUUCUGGUUUCAUGCUCUCCAGGCAACUGUUUGAUUAUAAUUAGGCCUUCCAUAUUGAAUCUUCUACAGGGUUGCUGACCAACCUACACAUGUACUUUGAUGUGUUAGAAUGGCUCCCUUUGUGAAUUAAUAAACUGGUGUUCUGGUUCAUACCGCA